GAACUUGAAAUUGCACUGGAUCAUGCAAAUAAGGCGAAUGCGGAUUCAAUGAAGAGUUUGAAACGUUACACUGAACAAGUUCGCGAAAUACAACUUCAGGUUCGAGAUUCACAUCAGAGAAAUAUUUUUGAAGAUGUCGAAAAGCAGAACUCUGAUAAUAUUUUUCGAAUGAUAUCCUCACGCAGCCAUUUGAAGAUCGAAGAAGAGCAAAGACAACGUGAUGAGAUGAAAGAGCAAUACUAUGCAGCCGAGAAACGUGCGACGAUCCUAGAAUCUGAAAAGGAAGAAUUAGCAGCCUCCUGUGAUCAGGCCGAACGUGCUCGCAAGCAGGCUGAACUUGAUGCCAGUGAUGGACGUGAACAAGCCAAUGACUUGAUCGCGCAAGUUAAUAGCUUGAACGCCACAAAGAGACGAAUGGAAGGGGAACUCCAGGCGAUCCAUGCAGAUCUCGACGAGACCUUGAAUGAGUACCGUGCCUCCGAGGAAAGCAGCAAGAAGGCGAUGGCUGAGGCCGAAAGACUUGCCGAAGAAGUACGAAAAGAGCAGGAACAUGUGACACAGGUUGAACGAUUGAGAGUCAGCAUUGAAGCACAAAUCAAAGAGCUUCAGGUUCGUAACUCUCAUUUCAUUUACUAUUCAAAGAAACGGACUCAACCUAAUCGCUCACACACACACGAGAUUUCGCUCUGA